AUGGAGCACCUGGAGCGCUGCGCGUGGGUCCUACGGGGGACGCUGGUGCGGUCGGCGGUGCGGCGAUACCUGCCCUGGGCUCUGGCGGCCUCUAUGCUGGCGGGCUCCCUCCUUAAGGAGCUCUCUCCGCUGCCCGAGAGCUAUCUCAGCAACAAGCGCAACGUCCUCAACGUGUAUUUUGUCAAAGUGGCCUGGGGCUGGACCUUCUGCCUCCUCCUGCCUUUCAUCGCCCUCACCAACUACCACCUGACGGGCAAGGCCGGCCUGGUCCUGCGGCGGCUGAGCACCCUGCUCGUGGGCACGGCCAUCUGGUACGUCUGCACGGCCAUCUUCUCCAACAUCGAGCACUACACGGGCAGCUGCUACCAGUCGCCAACCCUGGAGGGGGAGAGAAAGGAGCACCAGAGCAAGCAGCAGUGCCACGGGGAAGGGGGCUUCUGGCACGGCUUCGACAUCUCAGGCCACUCCUUCCUGCUGACCUUCUGUGCCCUCAUGAUUGUGGAGGAGAUGGCCGUGCUGCACGAGCUGAAGACGGACCGAAGCCACUGUCUCCACUCGGCCAUCACCACCCUGGUGGUGGCCCUGGGCUUCCUCACCUUCAUCUGGGUGUGGAUGUUUCUGUGCACGGCCAUCUACUUCCACAACUUGUCCCAGAAGGUGUGUGGCACCCUGUUCGGCCUGCUGGGCUGGUAUGGGACGUAUGGCUGUUGGUAUCUGAAAUCCUUUUCUCCAGGACUUCCUCCCCAGAGCUCCAGUUUGAAUCUGAAGCAAGACACUUACAAGAAAUAA